AUGGGACCAAAAGAACUUAAUUCUAUUCAACAAGAACUUUUUGAAGCGGUGAGACGGGGAGAUGCUCAGAAGGUGCAGACAUGGCUAUUAAGCAGACGCAGCAAGCGGCCACGGACACCACUGAACUUUUUGCGUGCAUCGACAUCACAUUCAGCAUGGCUAUGUUCGAUAGUAGAUCCAUCAAACGGUUAUACAGUGUUACAUCUUGCUGCUUUACUGGGCCAUAAGGAGGUAGUCAAAAUUUUGUUGAAUGUUGAUUCACAAAUGGCACGAAUAAAAGAUCGGCGAGGAUGUCUGCCAAUACAUUUAGCAGCAUGGAAUGGACAUGUUGAGGUUAUACAGACUUUAAUUAAUGCUGAGCCAAAUACAGUUGAUGCAGUAAACAACGCUAAAGAAUCGCCUCUACAUCUUUCCGCACAACAUGGUCACGGAAAAGUUGUCACUGUUUUGCUUGCUAAACAUGCAGACGCCAGGAUGAGGAAUGCACGUGCUGAAACAGCUUUAGAUGUAGCUGCACGACUUGGAAAAGCUAAUGUGUGUCGUUUACUUAUCUGUAAUUGUCCGGAAUUAGCACUGCAGAGUGCAUCAGAGUGCAUUACCACAGAUCCAGGAAGGUCGCGACACUUAGCCCAAGUGGUAUAUCCAUUACACGCAGCUGCUCGUCAUGGUCACAUUGACUGUCUCCAAAUAUUAUGUCAUUCCGGUUUCGAUCUUGACUAUGUUACCGAAGAAGGCAGUGCAUUACAUGUCGCAGCAUUAUUUGGAAAAGUUGAAGCUGUUAAGUUACUGCUUGAACAAGGCAUCAGUGUUGAUACUCGUGAUGGGCAAGGGCGUACUGUGUUAGAAACUUUGACAGAGCAUGAAAACGAAAAAGCUUCAGAUCUUACACAGGUGAUACAGAGCCGAGAAGGAUGGUCAGAAUGUCGGAAGCUUAUUGAAGCUUACAUACAAAAAUAUAAGGAUCGUCAAAGUGACAAAACCAGUGCAAAGAAUCAUUCGAUUUAUUUGAAUUUACCUUUCCGUUCGAAAUAUGGCGCUAAUCCGAAAGAUGUUAUCUGGAAACCGAUACCGGAAUUAUCCACAGCUAGACUUCAAGCAUCUCGAAAUCACAUGCAGCACAGCUUAACUUAUGAAAUUGAUACCACUUCGGACGUUGGCACUUGUCAUUCACCACCAUCGAUAGCGGCUGAUGUGAUUUCAUUAGUUAAUGAUGAACAUGAUCUGAAUAAUAUUUCAACUCUAUCUUUGUCAGCCACUCGCGUAGAGUCAUCUGGGAGCGAGUCUGGUUCACAACAAUCACCAGAUCAAGCUGAAGGUUUUAGUGUAGAUAAUAAAGUAUCUCGGUUUGCUAUCGUAUUACCGAGUCAUAGGUAUCGACAUACACUUCAGAGAAAUGGAAUUCCUUUACCGAGAAUGGGAGUUGGUCGAACAUCACUUAAUUCAGAUUCAGCAAUAGCGUGUUCAUAUCAGGCUCCAUUGUCAUACGAUGCUUGGCGAUUUCAGCAUGCUGAUACACAUAACGAUGUGAUAAGUCCACCAUAUUCUCUUCUGACCUAUGACAAUGUGCCACGCAAUCUUGUUGUAUACGAUAACGCUCCACCACCUGAUAAGUUUUCAUUGACUUGGAUUUUUUCUCGGCAUCGACGUUGGCACCAUUCCUGCGAGGCUAGCUGUGAAAAUGGUGGCACACCCUCUUGCAGUGUUAGAAAUGGUGGUACACAAACUAUACCGCCUGUGAAACCUAGCCGUCAACAUUUGCCCCUGUUAGAAAAAACAUUGAAACCUGAACCGACUCCUCGGAAAACUAAAACGCAUGAAGCUAGUGCAAAUAAGAACAAUGGUCCUUUUGUUAAGUAUAGCCCACCAAGCUCUUCUUCACAUCGAACAGAAAGCCCAGCAUCCAUCAUCACUUUUGCUUGCUCAACUCUUGAGCGUUCAUUAUCUCCUGGGGAACAAAGCAGCAGUGUUCCAUCCGGAACAGCUUCUUUAACUCAAGGCCGGGCGCCAUUAGCACUUCCUGAAGAGGUUUCUAUGUCAGCUUCAGCCAGCAUUCUGUCAAUACAAAAUUCUCUAGAAAGGUAUCCUAUGGAAGAGAGUAAGUGGACAAGACAUUCACGCAUCUUGACUGACGAUUAUUCUGUACCAGAUCGUAGUUCUGUGGUAGCUACUCUUAAUUCAAAUUGUUUGACUGCAAUGGCGAAUUGCGUAGAAAUCAUAACAGCAGGAAAUGAAAGGGAGGCAAACACUGAUAAUGGCCAGUCUGAACUUGAUCAUCUUCCAAGUCCAGAAACUACCGAAUCUCGCAUUCAUCAUUUCCUUUGCAGUCAGAAUAACGUUAAACAGCAGCUGUCGCAAUCUCCUACUGUAAGCAAAAGAUCACAGCAUACUCAAAAGGACACAAUAUCACCGUCAUCAAGAGUGGGAUCAGACUGCACUUUAGCGUCUUCAUGUUCCCUGCCGAUAAUCUCUCAUGUCUCUUCGACACCACCAUCAAUAAUCUCUCCGCCGGAGGAACGCAGUCAGUUUUGCAAACAGCAAUCCAGCACGGAUGAUCAAUCAUUUUCUUCUGUGGAGGUACGCUUACGAACUGCGUCUUCCAUUCCAGCACAUGGUAGCAUAAGUAAGGAGGUAUAUGAACUAUCCAUCUCGAGCGAUGGCGAACAACAUGGGGACGAACUGAACAGCAGUAUGCAAGUUUCGACUCGGCAUAGUUCCUUAGAUGAAAGUAUCGAAUGGAAGAAGAUCGGUGAAAUAAUGGAGUCAUUUGGUGGCGCAAUUUGUCGGGAAUCGGUGUUUACAGCUCAUUAUGAACCAAAAGUGGCCGUUUACCUCAGAGACCGGAGAUCGCAAGCAUUAACAUUGCAGUUAAAUGGGCCAUUGGCAGUGCAAAAUAGACAGUCAUUUGGAUUUGAUGCUGACAAAAAAUAUAAGCAACCGCGAGGGGUAAAGGCUGUCGCUGAAUGGUUAAAUGUGUGUGUUGGGAUACCUUAUCCCAGAGCAAAUGAAAUAGCCGAAAUUCUCGAAAGCAAUGGCUUUGACAGUGUCGACCAUAUGGUAUGUGUUCUUGCUUUGGGAAGUAAGCAGUCAACACUCGAUCGUGCUUCUAUGCAAGAAAUCGGGUUUGAUAAGUCAACACAACACCAAAUCGGAAUGUAUCUAGAAAAUUACCCGAACAUUUACAUCCCAAGCGCAAAUUCAUUUACAUAUGUUUCGGAUUGGUUGCAUUCAUUAGAAUUGGAAGAUUAUCUUGGUCAUUUUGUAAGUGGAGGAUUGACAUCGAUGCUGAUUGUUUUUGCAGUCGAUUCAACGCAGAAACAUUUGAAAAUUCUUGGUAUCACAAAACUUGGCCAUCAAAAGCGAAUUUUAAAUUCUUUGAAGAAAGCAAAGGAAGAGCGACGUCAAAGGGCGGCAGAGCGAGCAGCGGCAGUGCAGGAAGAAGAAGCGGAUAGUGGACAGGAGAGCAGAAGUACGGUGCAGUCAUCAUCAAGUGCCCAAAUACCGCAUUCAGUGAUUGUUGGAGGACGUCGAACUGAAUGGCAACAUUCAUCUAAUACACUUAUUGAAAGUUGCAUCUCGUAUUCAGCUCAUUAUCUUGGGUCAAUGGAAAUAUCAAAUGUUGAAGAGACAGAGGAUUCUCGAAGAGCUAUGAUCAAAUUGAAAAGAGGUAUUCGCGAAAUAGCUAAAGUUCCUCAUGUUUUAUUGGAAAUCUCAGUAACGGGUGUUCGAGUACUUGAUGCUAUCACAAAGCAACUCACUGUUGAGCAUGAAAUAGCACAGAUUCAGAUAGUCUGUCAAGAUGAAAGAGAUCUGAAUUGUUUCGCUUAUAUAUCGCAAGAUGGAGAUCGCCAUUUCUGUCAUGUAUUUUGCGUCUUGACUGCUGAUGUAGCAACUGAAAUAAUAAUAACAUUGGGACAAGCAUUCGAAGUAUGCUACAGAAUCACCAACGAUAGCUAUGGCAAUGUCGAACCGAUUGCCAUCUAA